ACAUCUGGCGGGGGUCACACCGCCGCGGCCGCGCGCUGCAGGUGCCUCAUGACUCUCUCCGGCGCCCUCCGGGCCCUGUCGCUGACCGUCGGGACCGCCGUGUUCGCCCUCGGUUCCCUCCUCUACAUCGCCUGGAAGAUCUACUUCUGCGACACCAACAGCGGCACCGACUGGGACGGAUGGUGGGAGCAGGACCUGUGGGAGCAAGCCCCCUCCAAGGACGCCCUGGACUGGCAGAAAGUGCUGGUGCUGGGGCUGGAUGGAGCAGGGAAGAGCAGCGUCCUGCACUACAUCUGCAACCAGACGGCCAGGAAGCACUUCACACCCACCCAGGGCUUCAACUGCACUCAGCUUUCUAUUGAGGGGCUGGAGAUGGAGCUGCUGGAGGUGGGUGGCAGCCAGAACCUGCGAGCCUACUGGCCCCACUACGUGAGCCAUGCCCACGUGCUGGUGUUCGUGGUGGACUCGGUGGACAGGUUGCGCCUGGUGACGGCACGCCAGGAGCUGCACACACUGCUGGCCAUAGAGCCCCAGCUGCCCCUGGUGGUGCUGGCAAAUAAACAGGACAAGAGCGAUGCCUUGAGCACGGCAGAGCUGUGGUCGGAGCUGGCCCUGCACACGCUCAGUGAGCAUCGGGAGGUCUUCCUGCUGCCCACCAGUGCGACGUGGGACAGCCUGAACACUGCCAACAGCAUCCUCCAUGUGAAGAGCCUGCUGGUGACAUUGCUCUCCCAGACCUUGAGCACUCUGCCACAGGGGGAGGGCAGCCAACCCCUCCCAGUUCAAGGAUGAAAUCACCCUUGGGAUGCUCCUGGUGAGCAGGAACAUGCAGCACAGGGCAGCACCCCACACCUUCACAGUAGCCCUGCAGGAUAUUAAAUGAACGGGGCUGGAGAGGGAGUCCUGCCAGUGCUG